AUGAUACGACAGGGCCUGCUGCUGCUGUUGGGCAGCUUGCUGCUGCUCGCCAGCACCACGACGGUGCUGGCGAGCCGCCUCCCGGGCACACCCUACCCCGUGCCUUCCCAGGGGCUGAAUUGCAGCCACAAUCAAGCCAUGGUGAUCUAUGAUCGAGCAACUAUACUGGCCAAUGGCGGCCCCGAGGAUACUCUCGCGUUGGCUGCUCUGGCUGGGUGGUAUGCUCGUGAUUGCCCCCUGAUGCUGGAGGAGUACGAGCAUCAAAGCGCCGUGGUUCUCUACACCAACGUGUCCAAUCUGAACGAGGUCAAUCUGGCCAUUAGCAUGGUAGCAAGCCACGACGCGGCUCUGCUUUUGUCUGCACGCCAGUGGAAACUGUACGGCGAGCAGCUCAAUGCCACCGUUGUUGCCAACGCAACGGGUCUGGAUCCCGUGACCAUCUGGGAGGCGCAGCCAAAAGCCUGGUCUUCUCGCAUUUUCGUCGUUGCCGACUCCCCCUACCUCGCCGACUAUGCCGUCUUUGCGCGAGCCUUUUUUAUGUACGCCGACCCGGUGGCGGACCCCACUGGUAGCAUGACCCAUCUCUUCUAUCGCAUCACGCGAACCCUGCAACCCCAAUCGGCCAUUCUAGGCUGGAUGCCUGGCGGCGUACCGCGCGAACUGCUCUUUGUCACUGCGGCCGCACAAAACGCCAGCUGGGUCCACUGCGCUGACGGUGCCGUCAAUCAGGCUAGCCUCACCGGUUUUGACCUCCCGCAAUACAAGCAGUGGCCUGGUCAAAAUCAAACGGCCUUGCGACCGAAGGUAGCCCCGGCCUCGACCCUUCACCCCAGUGAUGGCGCAGCUAUCCACACAGUGACGCUGUUGUGGACCGAUGGCGACAACACCGGUGGAUACGACCAGCAGACCCUCAUUGAUGACAAUCACUUCAAUGCCCCGGGACGGGGGCAUGCUCCGAUGGGCUGGACUGUCUCGCCUGCCCUGGCCGAACUCUACCCCGCCCUGCUCCUCGAGCUGUAUCGCAACGCCACCCCGAACGACGAGUUUGUGGCCGGACCCAGUGGUCUGGGCUACACGUACCCAGACGAGCUGCGUGACUCGGCGACCUUUAUCAAUCUCACCUCGGCAGUCAUGAACAAGACGGACAUGCACACCCUCAAUCUCAUUUCCGGCAACCCGAUUGAGACCGUGGUGCGCUUUCAAGAAAUUGCAGAGCCCUACGCCCGUGAUCCGCAGGUGGAUGGCGUCUACUACUAUAACUACUUUAGCUACGACGAGCUGAUCGGCGCAACUGCAGUGGCCAGCGAUGGCACUCCCAUCGUGGGCGCUCGCAUGUGGACCUGCAACCACGCCACCCUUGAAGACUGCCUCUUCAGCUGUGGGCCCGGCUGUUUGCCCAUCACUGCCAUUCCCGAUUUUGUGGACAAGCUGCAACGCAACGCGUCGAGCGUCCACGGCUAUUCGCUCAUUGCCCUUGAUGCUUGGAGCAACACGGUGUCCGCUGUCAACACCUUGGUGGAUAGCCUCCAUGCCUUGGACGGUGUUGAGGUUGUCCUGCCCUCUGAAUUUAACCGCCGCCUGCGCGCGGUCUUGGCCAAUGGCCACGCCUGA